AUGCCAACAUUUGAGCGAAUAAUAUCUCUUUUUCUUCGCGCUCGGCUUUGGUUGGGCAAGAAACGCUAUCCUACAUUCUUAGGACCGAGCGUGGUGAGGGUGAGCAAGACCCGACUCAUCAAAGGACCGUGUCAAUCGCCGGAGCUGGAAGGCUUGAGAUAUGUCGCGCAACACACCUCCAUCCCUGUGCCGAAGGUUCAUCGAACCUACCGCGUGGACGGAUGCCUCUACAUCGAGAUGGAAUAUAUCCCAGGGAACACCCUCCAAGCUGCAUGGAUAGGCAAUACUCUGUCACCCGAGGAGAAGCAAGCUAUUGUUCAAGAGCUUGCCGCUUACAUUGAUCAGCUUCGAGCUCUCGAGCCGUCACAGAAAGAGGUGGUCGCUUCAGCGGAACUUGGACCAUGCCUUGACUACCGAGUGGGAUUCGAUUCAUUCGGUGAAGGGGUCACCCGGUGUCAUACUCGUCAAUAUCGCUCCUGCUUCUCCCAUGCAGACCUAUGCGCACGUAAUGUUAUCGUGCGCGACCGCAAGAUCGCUGCCAUCGUCGAUUGGCAAUUCGCCGGAUGGUACCCGGAAUAUUGGGAAUACACAAAGGCGCACUAUGGACUUCUCAAUAUGCCUGACUGGUACUCGGAGUUUAAGGAUGUUGUAACUAGAUAUGACGAUGAGUUGGAUGCUGAACAUGCUCUGUGGGAGCGGCUCAACCAACCGGGAGAGGCGCUCAGGAUGGCAUUAGAAGAUGGCUAG